GACCACACCAAUGAACGUGUGGAAUUAAGAAAGGUUUAUUGCACGUAAUGAAUAUAUGAAAACCGAUGUGAUGUACUGUAGGAGGGAUGAAUGGAUCGGGGAAAAGGUUGAGGGAUGAACGGAUGAAAGAAAGACAUUGUGACAAUGGCUGACGGUUUGCUUGGAGCAUGGUCGGAUCCAAGGGAGCCUGACGGAGUUCAGGAGAUUUGUGAUCAGGUGAAGCCCCACCUGGAGCAAAAGACAAAUAAGAUAUAUAUGGAAAUCAGAGCAGUUGAAUUCAGGAGCCAGAUUGUGGCUGGAACAAACUUCCUCAUCAAGGUUCAUGUUGGAGGAGAAAAAUACAUUCAUCUGUUUGUCUUCAGGGCACUUCCAUGUUAUGGAGGUGGGAUCGAGCUGUGCAAAGUACAGGAGGACAAAACUAAAGAAGAACCCCUCGUACCUCUCUAAAGUGAUCACUUUUCUAAAAUGCUCUGCUUCUGCUUUCUGAAAUGAUUCAACAUAAAACUGCUUUACAAUACAUCAUUGUUGAAUGUAUUAACUAUGAGGGGAAAUUGAUUAUGCUUUUGCUUGCAUGAACUAACGAUCUUGUGUAUCCACAAUGAUAUUACAAUGUUUAAAUUGUUGGGAAACUAAAAACAAAACUAAUUAUAAAAAGAGUUUAGCCUGGAGGGGAUUGAAGCCUCUUCCUGUGUGUCCUGAGAAUAUUAAAAAUAUAUCUGCACAACAACUGGAUGUAUGUGUGGAGGUGUUUAAGGAGUAGGGGCAAGUGAUGGAUGUUAAUGAAGUUGUGACAUUUGAAGCAUUUUAGAAAAACAAUGUUUCUUAAGCCAAGAAAUUUUAUGAAUAAAUAAACAAAAGUCAAACACUUUUAACAAAAUGUACAUCCUGUUGUUGUCUGUUAUCUCACUGAGGAGAGACUGCCUCUCCACAGUUAUAUCUGUGUAAUGCCAAUGAUGGCUCUUGCUUGCAAGCAAUAAAGAGCUACUGACAAUCGGA